AAUAAAAAAAUUGCGACGAUGAUGAAGAGGAGGAGUGUACCUCACGGCAACGCAUUCUUGUAUUUCAUACAACUUUUCUCGUUGAUCCCUUCCAUUGCAAGCUACGAUUCUACAUUGUCACAAGCUAGAGUACUACUACCUAUGAGGAUCACAGAGAAAGAGACCAUAGUGUCCCCUGGAGAUGGAUUCGAGCUUGGUUUCUUCAAACCUGAAACGAGAUUUCAAGAAAGAGAUCGUUGGUAUCUCGGAAUAUGGUAUAAGAGAUUUGCGAAGAGAGUCGUAUGGGUUGCCAACAGAGACAACCCUCUCUCCAGUCCUAUCGGAAGCCUCCAAGUCGCGAAUAGUAAUAUUGUCCUCCUCGAUCGAUCUGGCGGGGUUGCGUGGACGACGAAUCUGACAAGCAAUCUGUCCGAAGACCAACCCUUGUACGCUGAGCUGUUCCACAACGGUAAUUUCGUGCUAAGAUACCCCUCGAACAAUUAUCCAUAUCCGUGGCAGAGCUUUGAUUUCCCGACGGAUACUCUACUCCCUGGAAUGAAGUUAGGCUGGGACCGCAGAACGAACAUCACCAGAACACUACGGUCCUGGAAGAGCUUAGAUGACCCGGCAAGUGGAAGUUACGUUUACAAGAUUGAGAUUUCCAAGCUUUCGCAGGGUCUUCUAUUCAAUGAUGACAUGCAAGAAUUAGAAUACCGUUCGGGCCCGAGCUACAGAAAACUAGUCAACAUAACAGAGACUGACGACGAAAUCACCCACAGUUUGGGUAUCAGUACAGCAAAUUUCAGCUCAAUCUCGCUAUUGAGAAUGGAGUACUCUGGUACAUUGCAGCUGUGGGAGUGGACAGGAGAAUGGAAUAUUGUACAGGCUUUCCCAACGGAUCUCUGUGAUCCUUACGAUGUGUGUGGGAAAAACAGCUACUAUAAUAUUGUCAACAACAGAGAGAUAGGUUGUGACUGUAUCCCAGGGUUCCACCAGGGUAAUCGAUGGAGCUUGAAAAACUGGAAAUAUAGAUGUGUAAGGAAGUCUCAGAUGAGUUGUGAUCUCAAACUCAAACAGGAAUUUAUGCAGCUUAGGAAAAUGAAGUUGCCAGAAACUACUGAAACGAUUAUUGUGGACACUACAAUGGGGAUAGAGGAAUGUAGGGAAAGGUGUCUUACGAAUUGUAAUUGCACGGCGUUUGCUAAUACGGACAUGCGCAAUGGUAGCCAGGGUUGUGUGACUUGGACCGGUGACUUGUUUGAUCUUCGGAAUUACAGCCGGGAGGGUCAAGAUUUGUAUGUCAAGCUAGCAGCUGUUGCUGAUCUCGGGGAAAAGAGAAAAGUGAAUAAGAAAACGAUCAUUGGAUUAACGGUAGGAGGAUGUUUGUUACUUGUUUUAAGUUUCAUCAUUCUUUGUUUCUGGAUGAGAAGAAAGAAUCAAUCUAUCUAUCUCUCUCUAACUAUAUUUGAUAUAACAAUUAAUGAUGCGUUGAUAAUGGUUUUGUCAGAACUGAAACAAGUGUCACAAGAGACAAACCAAGAUCGGAUUAUCAACACAGCCGAGGAUUGGGGAUCCAAACUCAUGGAGUUUGACGCUAUUGCCGCGGCAACCAACAACUUUUCGGAUGAUAACAAGCUUGGAAAAGGUGGUUUCGGUAUCGUUUACAAGGGACAUUUAAGCCACGGGCAAGAGAUCGCGGUGAAACGAUUGACCAAAAUGACACCAAAAGGAGUAGAGAGCUUCAACACUGAGAUGAAGCUGAUAGCAAUGCUACAACACACAAACCUCAUAAGACUUGUGGGGUUUUGCUCUAACAAAGACGAGAAAAUCGUAGUAUAUGAGUAUCUUCAAAACUCAAGCCUCGACACGUAUCUCUUCGAUACAACCCGAGGCUCCGUUCUGAAUUGGGAACAGAGAUUCGACAUCACUGUUGGUAUUGUCCGAGGGCUCGUUUAUCUCCACCAAGAUUCUCGGUUUAGGAUCAUUCACUUAGAUCUAAAACCGGGAAAUAUAUUGCUGGACAAAGACAUGACUCCAAAGAUCUCGGACUUCGGAACGGCAUGGAUGCUUGGAGGAGGGGAUGAGACUGAAGCUCAUGUGACGAGUUUGAGUGGAACAUACGGUUACGUUGCCCCAGAAUUCAGAAACGACGGGACAAUAUCAGUGACAUCGGAUGUUUUCAGCUUCGGGGUCAUGCUUCUUGAGAUGAUCAGUGGCAAGAAGAAUCUCGAUUUCUUUAAUCUGAACGACGGAAACACUCUUCUCAACCACAUAUGGUAUCACUGGAACGAAGGGAACGGGCUAGAGAUCGUUGAUCCGACAAUCAAAGACUCAUCAUCCUCGUCCGUAUUUCGAUCACAACAAGUUUUGCGAUGCAUCCAGAUCGGCUUGCUUUGUGUUCAAUACCUACCAGAGGACAGGCCAACGAUGUCUACGGUGGGUCUGAUGCUCGCAAGGGAAACAGAGGCAAUACCUCAGCCUAAAUCACCGGUGGAGAUUGGGUCUUCGUCCAGAGGAGGACUACAAGAGAGCAUAUCCGGAACAGUUCCUGAAACGACCAUGACCAUUGAGGGUCGCUAAAUGGUAAAAGAUGUAUGAAAUCCACUUAUAUUAAAUUAGUUUCUGCUUUGUUCG